GCUGCCAGCGAAUCGAACGCCUCAUCCACGGCAAAUCCAAAAGCUAACCGAUCAGAACCUUCCGUUUCAAAAAGCGAUGCACCCUCGCAUACACCAGAACAAGCCAAAUCAGUUCAGGCCAUUUUGGCAUGCGGCACAGAUUACUACAAAGUGUUGUCAGUCGACAAAUCUUGCACCGAAAUUCAACUUAAAAAAGCUUAUCGUAAGCUUGCUCUCCAAUUUCAUCCCGAUAAAAACAAAGCACCUGGCGCUGACGAGGCUUUCAAGCUGAUAUCCAAAGCAUUUACGGUGCUAUCGGAUCCACAGAAACGAGCCAUUCAUGACGCUGGCGGAGGCGAUCCGGAACAGCGGGGUCACGGAGGGGCUGGCUUUCCCGGAUUCGGUCAUGCGUACACUUCUGGAGCGCAUUUUGGUGGAGAGGAUAUUUCACCGGAGGAAUUGUUCAAUCUUUUCUUUGGAGGAGGAGGUGGUGGCUUUGGCGGACCUGGGUUUAGCAGUGCGACAUUUGUUGGUCCCGGUUUCCGAACACAAACUUACUACACCAAUGCGGGCGCAGGGCGUCGUGCACAAACACCAUCGUUUACUUCCCAAACAGCGGCCUCCCAAAGUCGAUCCUCUGCAUGGACUAUCCUAUUGCAGAUCUUACCCUUACUUCUCCUUUUCAGCUACUCUCUCUUAUCUGGAUUUUUCAGCGAUACCACACCUCUGUUUUCUUUUCAGCCGACGUCUGUGUAUUCUGAACCGCGUAUGACCCAAAGCCAUUAUGUACGUUAUUACGUCGAUCCGUCCGCGUUUUCGACGAUCGAAACGGAUGUUCAAAAGUUUGCUCGACUUGAACAACAAGUGGAAAUGGAUUGGGUACGAGGGCUACAAGCAUCAUGCCAAAACGAACGAAGAGAACAAGCAUCGCGCUUAAAGUCGGCCCGGGGGUUUAUGGGCAUGUUUCGAAAUGAACAAAGUUAUCAGACGGCCCUGCAUAUGCCAAUGCAAAGCUGCGAAGAAAUCAAAAAAUUCGGU